AAGACGAGCGUCACUUUGGCAGUCCGGACUCCUUGACUCGACCCCCCAUAAAAGCGUGUAGAUCAGCAGGUGGGUUUCGACUUGGAGAGGUUACUGUGCGGGUCACUUUGCCUUACAAAGGCAGUUCUUCAAUUUACUUUCUUCAAGAGAAUCCAAUAAAGGAAAAAGCAAAGGCUUAUGACGGUAACAAACCCGAGAAACCAGCAGAGCAUCAACCAAACAUCUAUACACUGUUAAAAGGCAGAAGUAAGUUUCGAGGUCAGCCCAGUAUAGGGAAGCAGUCACAGCCUUUGGCCAAAGAUGAUGGUGAAUCGCAGAGUGGAUUUCACAAGAGCUGGGCUUUGUUACUGCUUCUGUUAAUUAGCAUCCCAUUGCUUUAUGUCCUGUGGAGUGGAAUACCAAGUCUUCUGAAUGCAACUUUGUCAAGUAGAGACACUCAAAUUCUGCAAGCGUUUCGGGCCCGGAUGAAGAAACUAAAAAAUACUUACCAAAGUCAGGACCCCAAUCUGUGGAAAAGAACCCACGUGUUCCUUGAAAAACACCUUAAUGCUUCCCAUCUGCAUUUGGAGCCGGCCAUCUUACUGUUCACAGCUGGCCAAGAAGCUGAGAAAGCACUGCGGUGCCUAAGUAACGAGAUUGCCGACGCUGUCGCCUUCUCCCAGAAUGCUACUACGAUCCAAAUUAAUGGGGCAGACAAAGCCAUAUUGGAUAGUGACAUUGUCAAGCUGGAGGUAGAUAAUGAGCUCAGCUCUGGGUUCAGAGAAGGCAAGAAGGUGGCAGUGGUGCAUCGAUUUGAGUUACUGCCUGCAGGCUCCACCUUAAUCUUUUACAAGUACUGCGACCAUGAAAAUGCAGCAUUUAAGGAUGUGGCUCUUCUGCUGACAGUUCUCCUGGAUGAGCAGUCGCUGAGAAGGAGCAUCAGCUUCCAAGAAGUUGAGGAGAAAGUCCGGGAUUUCCUCUGGACGAAGUUUACCAGUUCAGAUGUUCCUAGUUCUUACAAUAGCAUGGACACAGAUAAGCUGAGUGGACUGUGGAGCCGUAUAUCCCAUCUUGUGUUGCCUGUUUGGCCUGAAAAGGGCCUCCCUGUGGAGGGAUGCACAUAA